AUGCGCACAAUUCCUCGAGUGGCUGCGGGUGCCUGCAGACCAACACUUCGCCCUCGCAUCGCAGUCAUCCAUCCCUGCCUGCCUGCUGGGAGCGGCGGCAAUGGCUCCCGAAAUCCAUCCGUCCAUCCGUCCAUCCAUCCCUCCGAAAGCAGACAUCCGUCCACUCUCUCUCUGGCGCUCCACAGUCGCAGCCGUCCUUUUGGCACAUUCCCACGCCCUCUCUUCCGUCAUACGUCGGGGUCCUUCGCGCUCCAUCUCUCGCUCUCUCGCUCUCUCCCUCUCCUUGCCUCGUCUCGUCGGAUCUUCCAUAAUCGCUUCGUCGCUCCUUCGCCUCGUCACUCCGUCACUCUCCCACCUCACCAUCGGCUCAUCCGUCUGGCUCCAACACUCGAGCCCAUCCAGUCGACCCGCACACGCCAUUCCGCAUCGUCGCUUGCCUUGCCUUUCUCGGCUGCUACCCCAUCACUCUCCUCGUCGGCUCGUCCGUGGCACACGCCUCGAGCACACCAUCGGAACACCAUCGGAACACCAUCGGAACACCACCGCCACUUUGGCCCUCGCCGCCAUCAUCCCAACAUGACUCGUCCGAGCGCCGCAGUACCCGACGCUCGUGAUGGUGCGGCUGGCUCGGCCGGCUCGGCUGGCGCCGCUGCCUCCGCUGCCUCCGCCGCCGUCGCCAAAUCCGACGAUGCGCAGUCCAGUGGGCCAGACCAGCAGCCUCCAUCCCAACCCGCCCCCCUCUCCACUCCACCGCCCGCUGCCAACGCCGACCUGCCAACGCCCCCCACCUCCCACAACGAGUUCAGGCCACCGCCAAACCCAGUAGCAUCCUCCUCCAGGCUCCAUCAGGACGAGCAGCUGCCCGAUGCUAGCCCCAUCACCACCGCCUCCGAGAACAUGGCCCCGCGCAGGGCCGCAGCUCGUCUCAGCGGCGGCAGCUCCUCCUUCGAUCGCAAUGCCCCCGCCUCCGCCGCCGACGACUCCUUCUCCUCUUCACACCGAAGAGCCAGCAGGCGCUCCAGCAUCGACCGCAACGACGACCGCUCCUUUGCCGCAGAACGUCCACUCGGCAGAGGCUCCUACCGAUCCCGCGCAACGCCCUCCCCUUCCCGCUCGCCCGCACGCUCCCUCACCCCAUCGCCCAUCCUCGGUCCCGUCUUUGCAGACCUCCCUCGAUCCCUCCGUGCCGUCCGUGACGACGACCACGACGAUCACGACCACGACGAACACGACGCUCUCAAGCUUGGACACCUCUCCUUCCCCAUGCUCGGCGUCGGCGUCGGUCCCACCAAGGACGAAAUCGAACUGCUCGUCUACGGCACCAACGCCGCCAACAACCACGUCCCAGAGCCUCCUUCCCCCACCGAAGACUCCGCCAGCAUCGAGUCCAUGCUCACCUCCCUCGCCAACAUGGGCCUCGAUCCUCUGCCCCAAUCCUCCGCCAGCGACAGGGAGCGCCAGCUCGCAGGCAUGGUCAAGAGGCUCGCCGAGCGCUGCACCACCCUCGCCGACUCGCGCAAUCGCGCCCAGUCCCAGCUCAAGUCGACUCGCCUCACCGCCCUCUCCGUCAUCUCGUCCAUGAAGCAGGCUCAUGCACACGCCCUCGCCGCGCACCGCAACACCACCGACCGCCUCGACGCAGAGCUCGACGGCUGGAAGGCGCAGGCAAAGAUGCUCAGCGCACUCCUCACCCGCGCAGAAGCACGCGGCUUCGACGAAAGGCGCUCCGCACCCAACUCGGCCUCGCUCGUCACCUUUGCAGACAGGGCCAAGGCUGCCGCUCCCAGCUCCUCGCCAAAUCAUCACCGCGUCGCCUCCUUCAAGUCGGAAGCCGUCGCCACUUCCAACGCAGACUCGGCACAACGCAUCCUCAGCAGCCCCAGCCUCCUCUCGUCUUCCCACGACGCGGCGGCAGCAGCCGUCACCGCCUCUCCCGGCACCACCGGCCUCGGCAUCACAAGCACCGGCCUCGCCGAAGUCGACACCGACCUCUCCCCCGCCGCAUCCCUCCUGCGUGAGAGGAACAAGCUGCUCACCGACAAGAAGCAUCUCAAGGCGCGCGUCCGCGACGCAGAAGCGCAGGUGUACAAGCUCGAAAACGAGCUCAAGGCUCUCAGGCCCUACCUCGUAUCCGGUGGCAUCAAGUCCACCGAACUGCCCGCGCCCGCCUCCAACCCAGAUUCGGCCGCGACCGUCGCCACUCCCGGCGAUCUGAGCCAGCCCGGCACCGCACCCACCACCCCGAGCCGCUCCGGCAGCCGUCGCGACAAGAAUCGCAAGAAGCGCGUUGUCACCAUGGGCGACGCCGAGACCGAGCAUCUCAUGCUCGCGGCUCGACGACUGCGCGAGCUGCGCAAAGAGCAAGCCGCCGCUGCCUCGUCCUCGACAUCGCCCGCCGACUCGGCCUCGCUGCCGGCUUCUCAAGCUCGCGAUGCAACCUCCAACGGUGUCCUCGCGCCUGCUGCCGAGCUGCACGCUGCCGUCGGCCACGCAUCGCCCAUCAAGCGCCAGGCAAGCGAAGGUCCCAUGACCACUGUCGACAGCGACGCUCUCUACCCGCGCGAGCCACACACGCCUCCGUCCCGAUCUGCCGAGAGACCGCCCAAGACGCCCAAGUCGGUCGCAAGCAUUCCCAACACCCCUCGCACCGGCAUGCGCGCCAGAGAGCUCAACGAGCUCGCGCGCGCCGACGACCGACGCGACAGCUGGUCCGCACGACACCGUCGUCUCGACUCGGCCUCUUCCUUCACCGGCAUCGACGAGCUGCUCCAGGCCGCCGAGACGCUCAACCCUGGCGCCGCAGCUCCUUCGCCCACUCGCUCCCGCGCACCCACCGGCCCCUUCCCGCCCGCAAGCGCCGAUCCGGGCUACUACCCACGCGAGGCCCCGCACCGCGCCAUGCCAUACCCGCCGCCGCCGCCGCAGCUCGCCGUCAACACGCAGCGCGGUGCCGACUACGACUCGUACGGAUACAGCGCAGCGCCGUACCCGAUCCAGUCGAGCCCACUGCGCAUGGCGCACGAGAGCCCCAAGCGCCGUCGCGUCUCUUCGGCCGCGUUCGACUUUGAGCCGUACGGGUCGCCGUUCCUGGGCGAGCGUCAGCCGCGCGUGCGCACCCAGACCGAGGGCGCCGAUCCGUUCGCACAGCCGCGUCCCUACCACGACUAUGGCCCCAGCGGCCCGCCCAGCGCAGGCGGCAGUCAGGCGCUGAGUGCGCUCGACCUGCUGGCGGACCAGGCCACGGCGAGCCAGAACCCGUCGCAGGGGAGCGACAAGUCGGCCGACUACGAGGGCGUCAGUCCGAUCGGUAGCUUGAGCAGCGAGGACGAGAUGACGAUCGACGGCGAACCCAGGCGCAAGUCGGGCUCGCGAUCCGCCGGGCCGCGCGCCCAGGACAAUUCGCGCAAGAACGGCUCGCAGGGCUCGUCGUCGCGCGCCAGCGAGGGCAAGAGCUUUGGCGGCAACCAGAACCCCGAGAAGAGGCUGCCCUAUGUGCGUUGGACCGCCGAGGAGGACACCAAGCUGCGUGCGGCGAUCAAGGAGCAUGGGCAGAGGUGGGAGCUGAUUUCGCGCGCCGUGGGAACGCGCUCGUACCAUCAGUGUCGCCAGCGAUACCUGCUCAUGCGGCGCAAGGAGGCGGCAGCCAAGGCGCAGGCGGAUGCCGAUGAUGGCGGGCAGGGUCUGUCGGCGUCGGCGUCGGAUCAGCAGUCGCAGGAUUCCGACUAUGGGCACGAUUCGCAGAUGCCCAGCUCGAGCAGUCGACGCAAGAGCGGCUCGCACGUGCGUCGUGCCUCGCGAGGCAGUGGAGGCGCCGACGGCGAGGCGGGCGCGACUUCGACGCCGCUGCACAAGCUUUCGAUCGGCGCACCUGCUCCGGCGGGCAGCGUGUACGGUCAGUUUUCGCCGACGCCGCGACAGGAGGCACUGCCGGCACCGUCGUCGCAGACACCUACGCAUGCGAGGAUGAUGUCGCAUCCGCACGCCGCGGGCCCGCUGUCGCCGUCGAUGCAGCCGUCGUCGCCGUACUCGUCGCACACGCCGUCGGCGGUGAGACGCGCGCACUAUCCGCCGCCUUCGCCGCUGUCGACGUCGUCGAGACAGCUGCCGCCGCUCCAUCCGCCGCCGCAGGGAUACGCGUCGCACGGCCCUGCUCCCGCGUCGCCCCACCUCGGCGGACACAGAAGGCAGGUGUCCGGAGACGCUCGACAGCCCCCGCCCGCUUCGCCUACGACACCGACCUCGGGCGCGCGACGCAUGGGUGCAGCUCUGUACAGCUAA